AUGGCAUCGAUGGGGAGGAAACAGUGCUGACGUGAAAGAUGGCUACACGGAGCAACGCGGUGCGUUCGUGCCGAGAAAUGAACGAAAAUCCUUAUAAAAUCGCGAGUACGGAUUAAAUUGAGUCGUCAGGAACGCGUAGAGACGUUCGGUGGAAGAUAUGCACGGUAUUUCGGUAGGUUCAGACAAUUGAGAGACGGAGAAAGUGGCCGAGAUGCGGGCCAGCCUAGCCGUGGUCAUUCUACCCCGUGUCGAGUGACAGUAGCUUACGUAACGGAUUAUUCUCGCUAUGAUAACGAUAUUCCAGCCGCGAAUGCGAAACAAGAAACUGUUUUACCGGGUUAUUCGCGGCGCUGCGCACGAACCUGCUAGAAAUACGCAUCGUGGCUGACCUGAAUCUACCUCGGCCCGUUCUCAUAUCGUGACACGCCGCUACGUCCGAGUGCACCCCGUCACCGCGUCGGGUUCACCACGUUCGGGAACCGUAUCGGAGCUGAUCCUGAAAAAUUAUGACAGCUGCGAUCAUGGAAAACACUAACUGGGAUCCUGCGUUAUCCAAAUUGUUGAAUUCGUUGCAAGAGAGCAAGAACGAGAUACCUAGCUGCACCGACGAGGAGUUCGGGUUUCUCACCGACUUGCUGAAGUCGAAGGAAUUGAAUGCACUGGUGAACGUGCAUAACAAGAUUCUGAGCAACGUCAAGGAUGACAAGUUCUUCCCGGUGCUCUCCAACUCGAUGGACAUCGACAUCGAGGUCCUGGACAUGCUGUCGACGAAGACCCACAUCUCGAAGGAGUGCAAGGAGCUGUUUCACUUGCUCCAGAAGCCGCACAUUCAGGGCCUGUUAUGCGCCCACGACGCGGUCGCCCAAAAAGACUACUACCCGAGACUGCCGGAAAUACCGCUGGAAGUCGACGAGGACGAGGAGACGGUGAAAAUCGUGCAGUUGGUCAAAUCGAACGAGCCAUUGUGUCAAUGCGGCGCCGGCGUUGAACCGAUCGUGGGGGCGACCAUAAAAACGUGCGAGGUCACCGGCAAGAUCGUGAUAGCGCGAAUAAUGCACGGCGGGGCUGCCGAUAGAUCUGGCCUCAUUCACGUUGGGGACGAGGUUUGCGAGGUCAACGGCAUCAGCGUCGAAGGAAAGACUCCGAACUGUGUUCUCAAAAUACUGCAAAAUUCCGAAGGAACGAUUACCUUUAAAAUAGUGCCUGCCGACAGUAAAGGUGGAAUUCGCGAAAGCAAGGUGCGAGUCAGAGCGCAUUUCUCGUACAAAGCUGGGGACGAUCCGUACAUACCUUGCAAGGAGGCUGGUCUCGACUUUAACAAGGGCGACGUUCUCCACAUCGUCAGUCAAGACGACGCGUAUUGGUGGCAAGCGAGACGAGAAGGAGAUCGAAAUAUGAGGGCUGGUUUGAUUCCUAGCAGAGCUCUACAGGAGAGACGCAUCAUUCUCGAGAGACAACAGAGCGUGAAAACCGAUGACGACAAUAUUAGCUUGUGUUCUGUUCCAGUGCCUUUGCCCGCAUUGUGCCCCCGUCCCAGUACCUCUUUGCACGCCUCGCCUACAAAGUGCAACUUGCAGGCAGUAAAAACUAAAAAAAUCAUGUAUGACGCUGCAGAGAACGACGACUUUGACCGGGAAGAAAUCGCGACCUACGAAGAGGUCGCGAAGCUAUACCCGAGGCCGGGCCUCUACCGACCGGUGGUUCUGAUCGGGCCACCGGGUGUCGGAAGGAACGAGCUCAAGAGGCGGCUCAUGGCCACCGAUCCCGACAAAUACAAGACCCCCAUUCCUUAUACUUCGCGGCCGCCGCGACCAGGCGAAGUGAACGGGAAAGAGUAUCACUUCGUGAGCCGAGAGAAGAUGGAAGAGGAGAUCGAUGCCGGAAAGUUCAUCGAGUACGGCGAAUACAAGGGCAACUUGUACGGUACCAGUUCCGAGAGCGUCAGCUCGCUGAUAAAUGCCGGAUACGUGUGUCUGCUGAACCCUCACUACCAAGCCCUCAAGAUGCUUCGGACCCCUCAGACGAAGCCCUACGUGAUAUACAUAAAACCGCCGAGGUUCGAGAUACUCAAGGAAACGCGAAACGACGCCAGGGCGAGGUCGACCUUCGACGAGAGCAACUCCCGAGGCUUCACGGACGAGGAGUUUCACGAGAUUCUGCACAGCGCAGCGAGGAUUGAAUUUCUGUACCCUCACCUGUUUGACGAGGUGAUUGUGAACGCCGAUCUGUCGAUGGCGUUUGAGGAGUUAGUGAACGCGGUUCACCGAGUAGAAUCGGAACCACUUUGGGUACCUGCUUCCUGGGUUCAGUAAAUCUCGCUUGAAAGGACAAGAUUGCGACGGAUGCUUGCCUUCGCGGGACUUUUCCUACCUGUGUUUCCUUCUCUACUCCUUUACUUGCUGGGAAAACGACUUUAUAUACCCUCGAAUAUACACGCGUAAUAGUUGUUUGAUACGAAAAUCGUGGAACUUGGCGUUUUUUCUAUAAUAUAUGUACUAUCGAGUAAACUUGAUCCUUCGUUAGAUCGGUAGCACGAUUCUGAAACUGAGGGUGGAAUAUAUAUAUACAUAUAUAUUAUAUAUAAAUAUAUGAUUUCGUUGAAUCAUUUCUCAUUUCCGUUGUACAUCGUCGUUAGAGUUUUUACUGCCACAAAGCAUCUCGUGACGAAGAAGAAAGCUUAGCACUGUCUCGUCACGCGUUACCGCGUGAACACCGGGUAUUCGUGAGUGGAAACGUGCGCUUUCGAUAGGGUGGGCGAGGGAACCGCGUUAAAGCUCUUACGUAAUUUUGGGAUCAACGAUUAUAAAUGGUAUUGGAUGGAUCUCGGAGCUUGGGAGCGAAUCGUUGCUACCACUCGUAACCUUUGAUCCCAAUCGUUGUUGAUUGUUGCCAAAUAAUCGUAUCUAGAUCACGGUGAUUAUCGUAUUUUCCACUUGAUCAGCGUUGCUACGAUAUAUCGCUAUUUUUUUCAUAAUUAAAGUGCUGCCAGCAUGAGGAACGUUUAUGCGCGCUAUCCUGUCGGCGUCGCAUCGAAUAGUCCAUCCUCGAUGUAAUGUUAUGUAUGUUACCGAAAUAUAGCAUUACACUUUCAA